AUGACGCCAGCACAGUACCACGUUCUGUUGCAGGUCGCACAAGGUCCCUGGAUGAUCCUGGCAGCCUCUGGAGUUAUCUUCAACUGCCUAAACCUGGCCACUUUCAUCAGGAUGGGCCUGAAAGAUUGUGUCACAGUCUCGUUUUGCUUCCAGUCUGUGUAUGACCUCUUCCUGUUUAGCGUGUUUAUCAUGAAGCGUAGCCUUCAACUGUCGGCACAGUUUCGCCUUCAAAGUACCGCGCGGGGCAUCGAGGAGGACGCGGGUCAGAAAUCAGCGUCCCUUGGCGGGAAAGAACUUCAGGCCUUAAGACAAGUCUACGUCGUCUGUUUGAUAUUUGUCGUUUGCAAUACUCCUAGGAUUAUCAUUUUCGCGUGUGCGGCCUUAAUUCCCGGUUUCCAGCUUGAAGGCUUGUUCCAGUACACAUUGAUGGCCUGCUACUGUCUCCGUUUGACCAGUGAAAAUGUCACCUUCGAGAACAGGGAAGACUUUCUGGAGCGACACAAGACAGACCAGGGCCAGUUCAUCCAGGGACUGAGCGUGCUGUUCCAAGAGCUCCCCACCAUGGAGAGGCGCCGCCUCAAGCUACAGAUCAGCCCCCACAACCCCCAUGUGCCGCAGGAGAACUGGAGCAUGAAGAACGCCUUCUCUUACUACGAUCUGAGCUGUCGGAAACACGAUUUUGAGGACUACACAUCGACGGGCGUCCAGAUGCUGCUGCACGUGCUGACAGAGGUGGCGCUGAAGGAGGACGACUACAGCCCCACCACCCUGGAGGUGUCCACCGAGAGCCUUCACUGUGACCCCAAGGACACUGACCCUAGCCUGGACAUCUUCCGCGUCCUGCUGCCCUCUCUCCUCCUCCUCUCCUUCCUGCCCUGCACCGCGGCUCUGGCUUACGACAUGACCCUAGAGAGGGCCCAUAACGUGGCUAUGUCCCUGGACAUGAUGGGCGUUCGGCGGGUGUCCUACGUGACGUCCUGGCUGCUGUUCGCCCUGGUGCAGCCCCUCCUGCUGACCCUGCUGUUCACCGUGGCCGUCUGCCUGCCCCAGGACCUGGGAGUGUUACGUCACUCGGACCCCAGGGUCGUCUUCUUGUUCUUCUUCCUCUACGGGCUGGCGUCUGUCACCUACACGCUGUUCAUUAAGUCCCUCUUUGAGGACGCCCUGGAGGCGGCUGCGAUGACGGUGGUUCUGAACGUGGUGCACGGUGUGCCGGUGAUCCUGGUCCUCCUCUACCAGCAGUCCCUGGGGCGUCAGUCCUUUCUUCUCUGCUCCCUCUUCUACAACUGCGCCCUCCAGAUUGGCUGCUUCCUCCUCACCAGAUACGAGGAACUGAACCAGGGCGCCACACUGUCCACAAUGACGUCACCGCCCUCUGUGAUGGACAAGAUGAGCCUGACGGACGUGAUGGUCAUGUUCGUGGUGGACAUUCUCGUGCACUCUGGUCUGGCACUGCUCACCCACGGGCUGUGGAGAGCCAUCUGGAAUCAGCUCAGGAAACUGCUGUUGGUAUGUGGGGAGAGUGAACAAGCUGACGGGCCUGUCCAGGACCCACCGCCUCAAGAGUUUGAUGGCCGUCAUGACAGAGUAUGUGGAGCUCCUGCCGCUCGACACCAUGGAUUUGAUAGACAUCACGGCGCUCACUGUGGUGUGUUGAGGCCCACCGGGGGCACGGUAUACGUGGCCGGCCAGGAGCCCUGGACCCUGAGCCGCCAGUUCCCGAUGUGUGUGGGCGUGUGUCCGCAGCAGGACGUCUUCUUCCCCAGGCUCUCCGCCACACAGAACGUCCGGCUCUUCGCAGCGCUGAAGGGAUGCCCUCCCCCACCCUAGUAAAGAAGGAGGUGGAACGACUGAUGGAACAGCUCGACUGGACGGCAACUGGGACAUCUGCGCAAAACUUGGCGCGUAUCUGGCAGAAAAGACUCAACAUUGCAGCGGCGUUUGCCGGCGACCCACAGCUCGUCCUUGUAGACAGCCCGGCCACGGGUCUGAGCCAGGGACCUCGCCGGAAGCUGCUGUACGACCUGUGGCAGAUGGGCCAGGGGCGUACCCUGGUGGUGACCUCUGAGUCAUGGUGGGAGGCCGGGAUGUUGGCCGACAGGGUGGCGCUGCUGUCGGAGGGCAAGAUCAUCUGCUGCGGCUCGCGAUGCUACUUCAAGGACAUCCUAGGAGCUGGCUCCCGCCUCACAGUGACUAUUGGCCCCGACUGCGACACCAAAUCUCUCACGACCUAUCUGCAGUUCUUCGUGGACGGAGUGGUACUCUUGAAGAAAACGUCAUCUCAUCUCGUGUUCUACGUGCCGGAUGACGCCGCUGUAAUGCUCGAAUAUUUCUUGGGCAAUCUGAAGACCAAGCUCGAUCACUUCGAUGUGGCUGAUAUCUCGGUGACAACGGAGUCCGUGGAAGACAUCUUCUCAAAACGGCGAACGAAGGCGUCUCUGGAGAGACUGCUACAGCGCAUAUCACGUUACCAGUCGUCGAUGACGUCACUCUCGUACGGCAGCGGCUUCCCGUCAGAAGAGGGCCCGCUGGUGACGUAUUCAAGCAUCGUGAGGACAAAGAGCGGGAACUACCUGGACGCCUCCGCCCUGCCCAGCGACUCGGACUCCCUGAAGGAAGCGGAAUCGAAAUCACAUUUGUCCUCGCGAAAGUUCUCGAAGCCCGCUCGGAGCUCAAGGCGAUUUGUGAACAACAACCCCUUCAACAAAAACAUGAGCUGUAGUGCGACAGGUGGCAGAGGAAAGAGAUGCGUCAGUUGUUCUUCACUGAAGGCUGACUCCUUACGUCUGAGUAGAAAAAACAAACUCUCCACCCACUUUCUGCUACAGUAUUGCUGUAUGUCUCGUGUCCGUCUCUCCACACUUGCUGAAUGGUCAGCGCCUGAACUCAACAGAAUACGUAGUCACAGAGCACACUCGUGUGUCGUCAAAAGAAGCUUUGGGAAAUCAGUCGUUCUAACGUCUGGACGGUGGCGAAAACUGAGGUCGCCUAUGUUGACUUUAUCAUCCAUAUGUUCCUACAGAAGACACAUUCGCAGAAAAAGGAGCACAAAAUGCGCCGGCGUCAAAAUGAAAAUCUCUAGACAGGGUCGACAGGGUAGACAGGGUACAACAAAUCGCUGGCACAAAAAAUGUACAAGUCUCCAUCGUGGAUUUCUAGACUCUUCUACGGAAAAGGCAGGUCUUGAAAAGUAUAAGUCGAGCGAUGUUUAUGUGCGUGAUUGUGAGAGAUUGGCACAACAAGUGGACAAUCGGCGGCGUGGUUUUCCCUGCAACGUCCGCGAAAUCUCCGAAUCGAGUGACAAACUGGAGACAUGUAGAAGUUUAAGGACAGGCUCCCGUAACUGUGUUAUUCCUCACCCUCCCCUGAGCCCAGUGUGUGACGUGAUUACUCCUCUCUUUGACGAAUUGACACUUUGUUAUGAGCGGAGAGCGGCGACCCCGUAUCGUCGUGUGCCCCACUCUGCUUCCAAACGACAAACCGAUUCUCCAGACCUGUUGUCAACACCCAGUGAUACAGUACGUUUGUCCAGUGGUCCAUCAUGUUCGUCCAAUGAUACUGCAUGUUCAUCCAGUGAUACAACACGUUCGUCUAUGGAGAUCUGUCAAGCUGGAGGCCAUGAAACCUCUUCUGGCUGCUUCCGUGACCGUCAACAUGUGGCCUCACACUCCCCAAAAAGGAUUUGUCAAAGUGUGGGCUCGGACGGUGGAGAUUAUUCGGGGGUCGGGGGAAAGGUUUGUGGUGGGGUGACCUUCACCGACGCGGAACUACACGGUGGGGGCCACAAGUGUCACUGCCACACAUUUCUAGGGCAAAAUCAUUACCACGACUAUUUGGACUUUACGAAUAGUUCCCCACGACCACACAGACAGCUAAACACUAGUAGUGGGACUUCUAUAAAUGACUACCAACACAGCCGCAGCCGUGCUCACCUCGCACUCCCCCGUGGGAUUUGUCAGAAAUGUCUCCUGUGUCGGGAUAGGAGGAGUGGAUCCAUGAACGGUGACGUUUCCAAUGACGUUUCAGCAGCGCCAUCCAUUCCUCUGUGCCACAUUCGUGCACAGCAGUUGAUCGACCACACUCCACACGACCACGUCACACACUCGCCAAAGCCUGUCCCGGAUGCGAAUAAUCAUACAAGCACUUCACAGGACGUGAGAAGCCGAACCAACACGUCACAGGAAGCUAGCAGGCGUGCCAACACGUCACAUGAAGCUAGCAGACGUGCCAACACGUCACAGAAAGCUAGUAGACGUUCCAACACGUCACAGGAAGCUAGUAGACGUUCCAACACGUUUCAGGACGUGAGCGGUUAUCUCGAUGCUGCUCCGGAACAACAGCGGCCUGUACUCCCUGCACUCCUUGCAUGGCCUGUGGAUCAUGUUGCUUGCCUCAACAGCAACAAGAACGCCAACAAGCCCCCACCACCACCACCAGGCGACCCGGGCAGACAGCGGUACCGGCAGACGACACAGCAGACGGCCAGGGAGGCCGAGGAGUUGUACGUGAACAGCUACAUGUCCAACAACAACGACGACAAGAACAUGGAACAGACAGAGGUGAUCUUCCCCCUCUCCGACAAUCUGGACGACACCGGAAGUACAGGCUCUGACCAACAGAACGCCUCUGGCAGCGACUCAGACGAUGACCUACAGUCGGAGGACGAGCCCAUCGAGUGUCGACAGCUCAUCGGCUACAUCAAACACACGGGUCCAUGUCUGCUGAUGGUCCAGGCCCAGGCCCUGUGGAGCAAGUACGCCACCUGGAACGCCCGCCGCGUGUGGUUCCCUGUGUUGCAACUGCUCUGUCCAGUCGUAGCCAUCUUGUUCUUCCUCAGCAUUCCGCUAGAGGACACCGAGGAGACGCUGCCGCUCACAACGGUGCUCAACUCUGUCCUCACGUACAGAAGAAACUUCAGCAUCCCCAAUCUGCCCUUUGACUCUAUGCAGGUUUCUAUAAAGCCCCUGCCCCUCAAGCGUACAGAGUCAGACCGGCGUUUUUCCCGCGUCAUGUCCGCCCAGUGUCUCCGCUCUGCCAUGGCUCUCUUGGUCGCUCUCUCCUUCUUCUCCUCAUCGCUCGUCUUCCUUCCUCUCCAAGAGAGACAGAACGGCAUGCGUCACUUGCUGGUUGUGAUGGGCGCCCGUUCCAGUCUGCUGUACUGCACAAGUUUCACGUGGGACAUGUGUAUACAUAUCACCGCCAGCUUCUGUGCUUUUGCCACGCUGCAGCUUCUGCCUUAUCCCACGUACGGCAUUUACGGAGACCUCACGUCCAUCUUCUCCCUGCUUUUGCUGCACGGAGUGGCCAACAUUCCUCUCAUCUACGUCGUACAGCUGUUGUUUACCAGCGUGAGUCUGUGCUACUGUACCACGCUCUUCCUGCAGGUCUUUCUGGGUGUGACGUUCCUGGUUCUGAAGGCCGAGUGGUACCCCCGGGCCAACGCCGUGUCCAGCGCUCUGUUUGACCAGUGGUGGCUGGACGUGGUGCUGAGACUGGUCAGUCCCGGCUACAGCGUGGCCGACGCCUUGUACACGUACUGCACCGUGAGCCUCACACACACGCACUGCUCACCCCUCAUGCACCUGUGUCUCCAGCAGCCGUCACUCAUGUGCUGCCCCGCCGCCUCGGACAAACGGCCGCAGGUGGUACCCCUCUCCGCGAACGUCCCCCCGAGAGACGGGAACUUGACCGACUCUUACAGCCUCCCUCCUCUUGCCGCUGAGCCAGGAGUGAACUGUGGCCGAUUCUGCUUACCUUUCAGCCAAGGGCACGCAAAUGCUGACAGAAACAGUUUUUACUUAUGCAUCUUCACGGCUUUGGGGGGCUGGCUGCUUUGGACUGUCGCCUACCUACUCACGGACUGGGAUCUCGGCUACAGAACCUGAGCCUAUAGUGCUGAAGAACCUGACCAAGCUGCGGCUGGGCCAUCGAGUGGUGGACAACGUGAGCGUGUGUGUGGGGCGGGGCGACUGUCUGUGUGUGCUGGGCCUCCCAGGUUCCGGUAAGACUUCGCUGAUGGAGAUGGUAGUGGGCGCCACCCCGGUGUCCGAGGGCCAGCUCUUCUUCUACAGCUGCGACGGAAACUUGAUGGCCACCAGGCUCCACUCUGGCAUGGGCUACUGCCCGGAGAGAGGCGACCUGAACGACAAGAUGACAGGCCGGGACUUGCUGUGGCUCGUGGCCAUGGUGUCACAGGAGCCUUUUCUCAACGCUAUGGUGGAGACUUACCAGUUUGCCAAUGUGUACGGCGACUCGGAGACGCUCCGCUUCCACUUCCCUGACGUCAACAUGAACCUGUCCAAGUUGUUCUCUGUCCUGGAGGACGGCAAAAGUUUCUGGGGUGUGGAAGAGUACUCUGUGCAGCUCACGGGGCUGGCACACGUGCUCUACAAACUGUCCAUCAGCCCACAGCUUCACACAGACCAGGAGCACGGCGAGACAGCCGACGACGACAACAAAGACGACAACAACGAGGAGAACGAUAACGGUGGCGUGAGCCCCUCCCAGCCGGCGGCCGACCCCGACGAACUGACGCCCGUGCUGAGAGAGAUCGACCAGCGUGUGUCCCCCGUCCCCAGCCCCGAGCUCUCAAGCACCAAAGAGGAGACGCACAUUCCGCCCAUCAUCAUAGUCCCGCCGACUUUACCGGGUCGUGGAGGGAGGGGGCGGGGGGCUCCGGGGGCUCGAGGGGCUGCCAGGGGCUACGGGCCGAGGGGUCCGAGAGGUGGUCGUGGGACCCGGGGUCCCACCCCAGGCCAAUCCCUGCGUCAGUCCACGGGUGAAUCCCCGGGUCAGUCCAUGGAUCAGCAGCCCCCAGGGCCGGGAUUCGAGCCUCCGGGUCAGACCCCAGCCAGAGACUCAGUCCCCCCUCACCCUUCAACCCCCAGCGCCCCCACAAACAGACCCCCUCCGCCCCCACCCGGGGCAAGAUGGCCAGGAAACCGCGCCCCUCCCCCCUUCAGAGGCCCCCCUCCCCCGGGUAGCAGACACCCCCCUCCCCCGGG